AUGGAGGAUUAUGAGACGGUGGCACCCACUGAAGAGUGCAACACCAUUCUGCAAAGGAAGCUUCCUCAGAAACUGAGAGAUCUUGGGAGUUUCACAAUACCCUGCACUAUUGGGAAUUUUGAGAGCAUGAAUGCUCUAUGUGAUUUGGGGGCGAGCAUUAAUCUAAUGCCAUUUUCUGUGUUCAGAAGAUUGAAGCUUGGGGAAGCAAGACCUACAACAACGACUCUUCAGUUGGCAAACAGAUCAAUAGCACAUCCUCGCGGUAUUAUUGAAGAUGUUUUGGUAAAAGUGGACAAGUUCAUCUUCCCAGCAGACUUUAUUGUACUUGAUAUGGAAGAGGAUGCCAACGUCCCAAUCAUUCUUGGAAGACCAUUCUUAGCCACAGGACGAGCUUUAAUCGACGUAUCAAAGGGGGAGUUAAGAGUUGAUGUGGUGAAUGAUUGUCAAGAUUCAAUUGGUAAAAAGAAGAAGAAGACCAAAGAACGAUUUUGA